GCAAAGUUGCCCGAGUUGGACGUAGAUGCCCAACUUUCGGGCGAGGAAGACAAGGACCUGAGCGAGGAGCAAAUCCAACUCGAGGAGUUCAUCGAGGCCGAGUUCCAUCGCCCGACGGGCAUCGCCACUCUUCGGGAGUGGGGAGCCAUCGUACUCCCGGCAGGGAAACACAAAGGGCGGCAGCACAGCACUGUGUUCGAGAGCGACCUUGCCUACGCGGCCCUGAUGGCCCGAAAGAGCUCGUUAACCAGCCCGUGGGCAAAGUCGUUCAAGAACUACAGCAUCGCCAGACUUCGAGCAAUGGCGAAGGCCGAGCAGGCGAAGUUGGACGGAGCGAAGGAGAAGCACAACGACUUGGGGGAGAGGGCGACCGAGGCCGACACCAAGGACAAGGGGAAGGAGAUCCACCACCCGAGGGUGAUCAAGCCAAAGAUGACUCCGAAGAGUCCCGACGAUCAGGACUUGGAUGGAUGGAAGCUGUGCCCCAUGGACAGCUCCCAAGCGUCGGCUUCGACCAAAAGAGCCAACGAAGGGACGACCAGCGGACCGAUGAAAGAGGAGAUGUCGGCGGACCAGCAGCUCGAGCUGAUGACUCGUCAGGCGCUCCUGCGCCGGGAGCUUGCGCAGUUGGAGCAUUUGUGCAAGCAGAUCGAUGCCUGCGCCUUUCAGAUUGAAGAGAAGCUUGAUCAGUUAAAGCAAAACACCAAAGCCCAUGAUUGGAUGCAACACAAACUCCCUCGACUCGAUGUUUUGGAGAUCACGCUGACAGAUGGUUCAGUUGGCAACGCGGUUCGCAGAUGUCGGGGCCGAAUAGUUUCCCUCAAAACCUUCAAUGCGAACAAGAUCUGGCAGCUGAUUUACAUGUAUGAGCCCCGACACCUGUGGAUAGACUGUGGAGGGACGAUACCUUCCAAGGUAUUCGGGUCCAAUUCGACUCUAUUGGAUCUGUACGAACACCAAGUGGAACUUGGAAGGCACUUCCAUUUAUGCAGUGACCGGAAUAUCUUUGAAGCUUCGUCUUUGACAGGCGAUUCCGAGCUGCGGGCCAUUCUUGAAGAAACGUUGUGCGCUUGCCAUGGACCAUCUCAAAGCAUGGCCGAGGGAAGGAUGGGUGGCAACAACUUCUUGAAUCGCAAGCGAUAUGUAUACACCACGUCCAGAGCUCUUCAUCAAAAGGUGGACACCAGAACUGCCCCCACCAUCCUUUCCUCACCAGCACAUCGGAACGAUGACACGACAACACAACGCAGCACCACGAGGCCGCUCCGACUUGCAGACCAAGCAGCCACGGCAAUGGUAACUGAUCGUAGUAUUCCUCUUCUUCUAUCAGAAUUGUUGGUGGUAGAUCAUAAGCGGGAAGGGGAUUUCAACUCGAACAUUGCAGAUGGUUUGUUAGACAGUGCAAAGCAAGUCGUGAAGCGCCGGAGGCUAUGGCGGAAGCAGCCUCAUCCUACUCUGCGGGAUCAAGCGGACAUUCCACUCCGACAGACCAUUGUGGUAUCAAGGCAAGAUGGGCAUGGGCCGGGGUAUAUGGCAUUGAACGAAGAAGAAAAGCGGGAGGCCGAUCCUCGUAUUAUUCAGGCGGCUAAGGAUUAUGCCUGCAGUGUGUGUCUGGAAACGGUUCCGGGUCCGAAACUUGCCAGACCAGCAAGCAUUCAUGUUGAUGGUGAUUUUGGGGAUGUUGUUGGGAUGGAUGUUGCCUACUGGACAGGGAAGAGUGGUCAGCAGCACAUGUUCACACAUAUCAUUGAUGAGGCCACUCUGUUCCAUCAGGCCACGGCAACAGGGAGAACAGUUGAGGACCAAUAUGAGGCCCUGACAGAUAGUUGGACCAAAUGGGCAGGCCCCUGUCAAUUCCUGUAUCUGGAUCCUGCUGGAGAGUAUAUUGGAGAUGAGUGGAGAGAGAAGAUCCAGAGAGAUGGGAUUUGUGUUCGGGUUGCCGCUGGUGAAAGCCAUUGGCAAGUUGGACGGGUGGAGGCACACGGAAAGAUCCUCAAAAGUAUGCUCACUAGGAUGGAUGCUGAGGAGGUGAUCGCUAGUGACGCUGAUUUUAGACUAUGCCUCCGCGCGGCCAUACAGGCCAAAAAUUCGUUGAGUCGCAUUCGCGGCUUCACGCCGGAGCAAGCAGUUUUCGGCAAAAGCUCCCGCCUUCCCGCGAGCUUGAUCUCCGAUGAACAAGCAGCUGGGUGCUUUAUUGGCGCCAACGCAAGGUCGGCCACCGAUCUCGAGGCGAGAGAGGAAGGUGGUAUGACUCUCACAAAUCCAGAUGGAGACACAAUCAUGGAACACGCUGGGCCAAGCAACAGGGGAGUUGCAAAUGCAGAACAGCCAGAAAUGGAAGUGUCUCCUGUAGCUUCGCUAGAUCCUGAACCUCAAGUCCUCCCAGAACCUGUCGUUCCCGAAUCACCUAUGGACCCCGUAAACAUUCCCGUACCAGAAGACGAGGAUGAUGAUAUCCUGUUUGGGGACACAGAAUGUUUCCUCACGUUUCCGAGUGAAGAUCAGGUUUGGGAAAUCAAUGUGUGCGAAACAGAGGUGGAUCCGAAGGAUCUUCCGUCACCAAGUGAGGCUCUUCAGUAUGCAAUGUUAGUCAGCUCUGGGCAAAAGAAGAGGACGGAAGUCCAAUUGCGAGAUCUCACAUCUGCCGAUCGUCAACAGUUUUUGGAGGCUAAAGGGAAAGAAGUGGAUGCAUGGCUCAGUCACCGCACGGUUAGGAAA